AUGGACUUAGACGAGUCGAAAAAAACCGACGGAUCGUGCGGUUGGGCUUCGUGUAUCCCGAAGAAUGUGCACCCAAAAGAUAGACCACUUCUCGACAUUUCAAGCCAAGCCGUUUGGACUCUGUCCAGCUGUAAAAGCGGUUGGUUAAUCAAUGACUAAAUUUGUCUUAAAAAAUAAUUAACUCAGGAUAUGGCAUUGACGAGCUUCUUUCGGACAACGUGGAAAAAUAUUGGCAAAGUGAUGGUCCUCAGCCGCACUCAAUCCUUCUAGAGUUCCAAAAGAAAACUGAUGUCGCAUUUCUGAUGUUUUAUCUUGAUUUCAAAAACGACGAGUCGUACACACCAUCAAAGUAAAUUUUGAAAAAAUGCCUCAAAAUAAAUAACAGUUUUGUUCAGAAUCCAAAUAAAAAUGGGGACAUCUCAUCAGGAUGUAUUCUUCCGGACGACGCAAACGUUUAAUGAACCACAAGGGUGGGUUUACAUCGAUCUUCGCGAAAAGGAUCACAGACCAAAUCGUGUGUUCUGGAUUCAAGUUCAAGUCAUUCAGAAUCAUCAGAACGGACGGGACACGCACAUCAGGUGAGUCAAUUUCAAACUAACCACAAAAAAUGUUUAUGGCAGGGCUGGGCAAUUGGCCGGCACGGGCUUUUCGUUGGCCGGCCUUUCUUGCAAUAUUCCGAUCAGACCAAAUCUUUGCAGGCUUCUUGGACAUUUGUUGAAACAUACUGGGACCAAGUUUCAGCCCGAUCGGAUCAUCUGGUCCCGAGAUAUGUGGAUCAUUGGCCGAAAUUGACCGGAAGCCCGGGAUUUAAAAAAAAUCGGCCAGUGAUCUACAUGUCUCGGGACCCGACGAUCCGAUCGGGCUGAAACUUGGUUACAAUGGCCUCAAUCCAAGUCCAACAAUCCUGCAAAGUUUGGGUCCGAUCGGAAUAUUGAAAGUGGUUCAAAAGUCCAGGUCGGCCAAUUGCCCAGCCCUGGUUUAUGAACUUUUACAGACAUGUUCGAGUGCUCGGCCCCGAAAGAUCCCGCGUCUCCUCAAUGA